UUAUAUAUAGAUAUAACUACCUCAAGUGCCGAUGUUAUUUUAUUUCAGAUUUCUGAGAUAGCCGGAGGAUUGAAUAAGCUGAAUAUGGGUUAUGAAGGAAGAGGGAAAGGUGGAAAAGGUUUGGGGAAGGGAGGCGCUAAAAGACAUCGCAAGGUUUUGCGAGAUAAUAUCCAGGGUAUAACUAAGCCUGCUAUCCGAAGAUUGGCCCGGAGAGGAGGAGUUAAACGUAUCUCUGGUCUAGUCUAUGAAGAGAUACGAGCUGUAUUGCGCGUUUUCCUGGAGAAUGUUAUGCGCGAUGCCGUCACAUAUACUGAGCACGCUAAGCGCAAAACUGUCAUGGCCACUGACGUCGUCUUUGCGCUCAAACGUCAAGGACGUACACUGUACGGGUUCGACUCAUAAUCUCAGAUUUAGUAUUUGUUAUGUAUGCAGUAUGCACGUAUGAAAGAUGGUAAACCUGUGAGAAAGUAGAAAUAUCCGAAAAAUAAAGACAAAGUACAAAAAAUGGCAUCUGAUUUUCGCCAUAUACUUUUAGAGUUCAUGUGAAUUUAUGGAAAAAGAAAUUUGAAUCCAACUCAAAUCAUUUAAAUUUUUGACAAGUAACCCAAAUUUUGAAAUGUUUUUUUUGGAUAAUAUACAAAUAUACAAUAUACAAUACAUAUAAUUGUAUUUCGAUCUUAAAGUAAACCAUUAAAUGUAUAUUCUGGGUUUUCAAUAUCCACUAAGAUUGAACUACAGAAACACUUUUAUAUUAAGUUUUUUAAUACUUAUUUGUUGCACUGCUAUUGUAAAUAUGUUAAAAUAAAUUUUUUCUCUUUAAA